GGAUUUCAUUGGAGGCACAUCGGUUUCGGUUUGGGUUGAAUAUUUACGGAAUUUUCUCGAAAUUUCUAAAAAAAAAAACAAACUUUCUGUCAUUUCGGUUGUGUUUUGAAAUCAAAUAAAAUGUCUUUGUGGCGCUGUGUGGGGGGCAGGACCAAUGCGCAUCAUUGGAUCAAGUACCUGGGCGUCGCUAAGAACCACCGUCUCUACUCAAAGGACGACAGGCCGACACCGAUGUGCACCGAGGAUGAAUGUUCGAAGAUCAGAGACUGCGAAAACACGAACUUCGUGAAGAGCGACAAGACACCGGCGAAGGGCAAGUUUCAGUUCCACCAUCUGAUCACGAUGUCAAAAGAGUGCUGUCUCAAUGAUUGCAUCGAGGCCUUUCCGCGCUUCGACGAGUGCCUGUACAAGGAGUCGGACAAGGCCAAGCGCAACUACCAGGUCACCUGGGUGGAGUGUCCACCCCUUGUGAUCAAGCCCAAGAAGAUCUGCUGCUACGAGUCGGGGAAGCGUCCGCCCGUUGCACGUCGCAAGCGCAAGGUGAAGGACGAGUGCGUCGAGGAUAAGCCCUGCCCCACAGAGGGAGCAUGCCCCAAGAUAGCAAGUCCCGGCUGUAAGCCUGUCAGGGAUCCCGUGCGCUGCCAUAUCGUACGCAUCAAAACCGACUGCGUCAAGGUUAAGGCCCCCUAUCCGGCCUACUCCGAGUGCCGACGCCCCAAGCCUCCUCGCAGGCACAGAGUUGAGUGCAAUUGCAGGGACAUUCCGCCCAUGUGCGUGGUCUAUGAGGCCAGGGCUAAGCUCGAGAGGCAGGGCAAAACGCCUGGAGAUUGCCCGCCCGCAAGGAAAUGAUUCCGGUCAGCUGCUGUCAACCUUCAGCCCAUACCAACGAUGCCAUCCAAUGAGUCCGUAAAGCUAAACAAAGCUGCUAAACAUAAAUAAAAAUAUAUUUAGCUGUUA